GGUGGAUGAUAUAAUUGUAUAUCAGACGAACCUAUUCGUUCAUACGUCUGUUACGCCUGUGCUGCCCAAAAUUGAUUCAUCUACCCGCUCCUACACACCUAUUGUGAUGUCAUUAAUUUGGUCUAUAUAUUAAGAUGGAAAGUGUUUACGAAAAUGGCCAAGAAACUUGGCCAAGAAACAGUACGCAUUAUAAGAAUUGGCUAAUAGAUUCUCCAAAUACGCUACAGCGAAUUCGGUUGGAUACUUACAAUAAUGCGCUUCAAAAGAUCAAAUACAAGCUUGUGGAUCUAGAUGUUCCCACAUUCGAAGAAGAACAGUGGCUCGUUAAGUACUAUUCUUAUCAACUCUCCAAGUUUCUAGCUACAAACCAUUUGAAAACCACAGUUAAAGAAACGGCGCUAACAUUUUUCAAUCGUUUUUUCCUGAGAAAGUCACUCUUAGAAUACGAUCCACGCCUGAUCAUGUUUACCUGCACUACUUUAGCCAUCAAACUAGAAGAUAUGUGGAGAACAGUAUAUGUCGAUAAAUUAUUAGGACACAUUAACAAUCUAGAUAUCGCAAAAGUAUUUGAAAUGGAACCCAUCGUCUGUGAAGUGUUGGACUUCAAUCUACUGGUACUACAUACGGGUGAACCCCUGUAUACGAUACAAGAAUCCUGUUUACAAUAUCUGAAGGAUAGCCUAGAGAUUAAUGACGAACUGGUCGGUGAACAUCUAAAUGUGAUAAUAAGCAUUUCUAAGCAAGUUGAAGGUACUUCGAUGCAAAUGCACGAAAACCCGGAGCUCUUAUUCAUGCAUACUCCAACUCAGUUGGCGCUUGCAAAUUUUCUGUACCAUUGCAAAACAAAUCUACAAUCCGUUAUAUCAGUUGAGACAUUCAUCCUUAAAAAGUUUCUCGGUGGAAAUGAUACAAAGUUGGUCCCGCUAUUAUCUGCUCUAAAUAAUAUAAAUGUUAAAUACGAUGAAUUUAUGGCCUUCAGAGACAAAUUUAGUCAAGAGGUUGAAAAAGCUGGAAGCAUAUUGGACAAAUACCUGAAAAUAUACGGUAUUUGAUGU